GCGCACACGUCCGCCCCCCCAGCCGAGUCCAGGCAGUCAGGAUGAAGGCCAUCUCGGCGCACGUCACGGGCUUCUACCACUCGUCCUUCCACGCGUACACGACGGAGGUGAACGUGGACGGCCACCGUUGGCGGCUGGGGCUGCGCUACAGCAAGUUCCACGAGUUCUACGACCAGCUGCUGCUGGCCGACAAGGCCUUCCACGCCGCGUUCCCGCCCAAGGGCACGCUCUUCUUUACGCCCAAGCCCGAGGAGCGCCAGGAGCAGCUCGAGGCCUUCCUGCAGCAGGUGCUGGCCCACUACGCAGCGCGCGGCCACCCCGCGGAGAUCGAGGAGCUGCUGUGCGACCUGCUCAAGGUGCCGCGCCACCUCCGCUCGCCCGAGCACGAGGACGACGACGUGUCCACGAGCACCGAGAGCGUGCUGGACGAGCCCAUGCACGAGCCGCCCAGCAGCUCCGACAGCUUCAGCCUCGAGCAGGAGGAGCAGGAGCAGGAGGAGAAGGAGAAGACACAACCAGUCGCAGCCGAGGCCAAGGGCGCAGCAGACGCAGCUCCUGCUGGACCGGCCGAACAAGAUCCUGUCCAAGAUACGAAGCCAGAAGCUGUUUCUGCUGCUGCUGCCAAAAAGGUGGAGGUCGUUGCGGCCCCCGAGCCGGUGCAGCUUGCCAGUCCAGUAGCUGACGAGGCUCGUCCGGUGGAGGAGGUGGAGACUGCCAUUGCCCACGAAGACGACGUGGAGACGCCCGCUCCUGCGGAGGAAGCGGAGGCGGCACUUGAGGUGAAGCAGGAGGAGGAACCUGCUCCCGUCGAGGAACAAGCAGCCACGGAGACAGAGCCUUCUGCUCCUGAAGAGGUUGCGAGUGCUGAAGAAGCGGCGGCCAUCGCCCAGGAGGUAGCAGCAGUAGCAGCAGAGACUGCCGCUGAGCCCCGGGCAGAGCAACCGGAAGCGGUGCUGCCCGAGCCGCAGCCAGUCGUCGAGCCGAUUGCUCAGAAGGAGGAGCCCGUAUCAUCAGAGCCGCAGGCCGCCAAAAAGAGCCUGGCUGACACGAGCGCUGGUGCGCCGAAGCAGGAGGUGGAGAAGAAGGAGGAGCAGGACCUCGCGGUCAGCAGCAGCAGCGCAUCGUCCUGGCUCGCGGCGUACCUGCCCAAGUCGCUGCUCGCGUUCGUGCGGCGCCGCUGCAUGAAGAAGACGAACCUGGUGGUGCUCUGUGUGGCGCUGCUGCUGCCCAUGGUGCUCGCGCGCAGAUAAGGCGGCAAUCGCUCGCCCAUAAUACUAUUUGUCCAUUU